AUGCUUUCAUGGCUUUUCAACUUUUAUAUGCAGCCCUGUCCCAAGGGGUGCUUUAAUGCUCCGGUUGUACCUAAUUCAGAAGGUCAGAAUAUCUUGGCACCCGUCCUUCCAAUCGGUCACAUUGCUUCAAGGGCAUUCGCUUUCGCAGUUGCCGUGACUGGAAAAGAACAAAGGAAGUUCGAACCUGAUCUUUUGAGGAUUGUUGCUGCUUCUCCGCGAGGGAUCAUUGGUUUCCUUCAGGAUCAACUGCUGGCGGCAGCCGCUGCAGGAGGAGGCACAGCGAAGGGAAGGGAGGUGGCGGUGGGGCUCCUCAUUACGGCCUUUUCCCCAGCAGCACAGCUCACUCCAGCAGCGGCAGCGACUGCAGGGAAAGCAAAGCAAAGGAGCGGCACGCCAGCCAUCGCCAUGGCAGAGGAGAAGAAGAAGCACAAGCACAGCAAGCACAAGGAGAAGGACAAGGAGAAGAAGGACAAGGCCGGCGGCGCGGCGGCGGCGGCGGAGGCGAGCUUCAAGCCGUGCGGCGACGUGAAGGGCAUCCGCUUCGGCGGGCAGUUCAUCGUCAAGUCGUUCACGGUGCGUCGCGCGUCGCCGCUGGAGUUGCUCCGGCUGCUGGACAUCCCGCCGUCGUUCCUGAGCGAGCUGCAGAGCCUGCCGUUCCCGUCCACCACCGCCUACAUGCCCACCAGCUUCACCAUCCUGGCGCACCAGGCGUGGCACACGCUCACGCUCGGCCUCGGCACCAAGAAGUCCAAGGUGGUGCUCUUCGUGUUCGAGUCGGAGGCCAUGAAGGCGGCCGUGGACCAGCUGUGGCCGGCCAUGAUCCCGCUCGGGGACGUGAACAAGAAGCUCAUCCGCGGCCUCUCCGGCAGCGAGAUGGCGCGCUUCAAGUUCAGGAAGGGGUGCCUCACCAUCUACGUCUACGCCGUGCGCCGGCUGGGCGCCGCCGGCUUCGUGCGCGCCGACGACCUCAGGAGGAUACUGCAGGCCGUGGUGGAGCUCAAGGACUUCCUGGAUCACACCGCCAUGCUCGCCAUGCCCAGUCAGAGGAGCAUCACCUUGCAGUCCCGGGGCACCGUGGCCCAAUGA